AUGGGACCGUUGGUUUCGAGGCAACAGCAAGAAAAGGUGAAAAAGUACAUCCAGCACGGCUUGGAAGAAGGAGCUGUUUGCCUUACCGGAGGAGAGGAAACAUUAGCACAUUUGCCAGAGAAAUUCAAGGACGGUUUUUUCGUUCCCCCAACAGUGUACACCAAUUGCAAAAAGGGAAUGAAGAUCGUGGAUGAUGAAAUUUUCGGACCAGUUCUUGCUGUACAGACAUUUAAGACUGAGGAGGAAGCAGUUCAGUUGUCCAACGAUACUGCCUACGGAUUAGGAGCCGGAGUUUUUUCCCAGAAUGCAUCCCAAUGUAUGAGAAUGGUUCACGCUCUCAAGGCGGGAACAGUUUGGUGCAACCAAUACAUGGUAUUGAGCAAUGCCGUGCCAUUCGGAGGUAUGAAGCAGUCGGGUUUUGGCCGAGAGCUUGGCAUCGAGGGAUUGAAAGAGUAUACACAAACAAAAGCGGUCCAUUGGAACUAUGGUGAGGAAAUUUCCUGGCCACUAAAUGGUACCAAUAUAUAG